AUGAGGUAUAAAUAUCAAUAUUUAGUAAUAUUUCUAUUAAUAUGGAAUUUAAAAAAGGUUAAAUGUACUGAGGAAGAUGAAGCAAGUAUUACUGAAAAAAGUAAGACUACAGAUGAUCAAUCUGAAGAAGAAAUAUCUUUGAUAAAUCUUAAUAUAAAUACAAAAAAUAACACAACUGAAUAUGGUUACUCUAAGAAGAAUAAUGAAGGAACAUUUGUUACUAAGUCUGGCUAUGGGUUCAACAAAAUUGUCAAAGGAAAUACUGUCAUCUGGGAAUCCAGUGAUACUAAAAUAUAUGCUUACAAAGUUGUUAUAGAUGGUAUCAGUUUUGUGUCAAGUACUAAGAAUAUUUCAAUACAUUCUAAUGAUGGUGUUAAACAUUUUAAAAAAUCAAGUCAAGGUGAUAAGUGGGAAGAAUCUAAUCCAUCGAAUAAUCCUACAGAUACUACUUCUACUACUUCCACUGGAUGCACCACUUCUACGGCUCCCGAAAAAUCCACAACUACUCAACCUCAAAUUAGUCAAACUCAAUCUGAAAAACCUACUCAGGAACAAACAACUCCUACUAAACAGCCUAAUGACUCUAAAGAAACUAGUACACAAUCAACUAUUGAAUCUACUGAAUCUAAACAACGUACAGGUACUGGGGAAUCUACCCCACAGAUUAGAGCUGAUCAAAUAACUAUUGAGCCUUCCUGUUCUGAAUCAGAUGUUAAACUUUAUGCUCAAGAUCGAUCCGAUCCUACUGGGAUUGUCGAACUUGGUUCCCAUGAAUAUAAUAUCGAUAAUAAUAAUGAGCAGAUGUUGAAAUACACAUUUAAUAAGAAUGUAAAAUGUGCUAAAUUUAAACUAAAAAAUCAUGACAUUUGGAGUUAUGAUAACAAUCAAGAACAUCCCGAAACAAUAUAUUUACAUAAAGCCAAAACUCUUGUUUUUGUUGAAUUCCCGAAUGGUUCUUUUAAUUUCUAUAGAUUUUCUGUUUCAGAUAAUAAAAUGAAAUUAGAAACUCUCAGUAAAAUGGAGGAUAACUAUGGAUCCAAACAUAAACUGUUGACAUUAGACAGUGAUGAAACUUCAACCAUUGAGCUUGACAAAUCUAAAUUCGAUAUCAAAAAAUAUAACUUUGGUCAUGAAUAUACAUUUAAAUCAGAUGUUAAAUGUACCACUUUAAUGUUUAAUGACAAAGAAGUGUGGAAACAUGAUUCUUCAAAAUCCGAAAGUGCCUAUCCUUCAGUGGUUUAUUUUUUAUCCCACUUCCUAGUAUUGUUUUUAAAAAAUAAUAAAUGUUUCUUUAUUGAUCCUGAUAAGAUAAAUCCAACCGAUCUUUCAAAUUAA